AUGCAGAACUUGGUGCGUGCUUUCUUUCGAGGACUCUUGACCUCGCUGCAAGGAAGCAUUACAACUCAUUUUUCAAAACAACAACAUGAUCCAAUGAGCCUCCACCUAUCCAGUCUCCGUCGCCAGUUCAAUCGCCAUUCCCUCUUCUAUCUCCUUCACCUUUACAAUCUCCCUCUCAAAUUUCACUCCGCAGUGAGUCCAGCCAUGACCUAUUCCCCCGUCUCGACCUCAACCAAGUAUCCCGUGCUUCUCAUAUUUCCCAUGACUCUAGUUCUUCAUCAAGAAGGCGAUACACCAGGCUCGAGAUGCUUCGCAAAGUCAUUGACAAGUUCAUCCUCAGCAUCAAAAUCAACAUGGAUCAAGAAGCCUUAUGGAGAUGGCAAUUCGUCAACCAAAAAAUGAAAAAAAUAG